GUCGUCGUGUGUGGUUACGUCAUCACACCGCGACACAACAUCAAGCAGGUGCUGUUGCACGAGCUCAUCUAAACGUGCAAACGGGCGUUUUCUGGCGAAAAUUGGUUGUUUUUUUGGUAGUUUUGUCCUUUUUUGUUUAUGACAAAACAUACAAACUAAAAUUAUUUUCAUUUCUGUGACUAAAAUCCUUCUAAACGGGACCAGCAGAGUUUGUUUUAGCCUGAACUUGAACUCGUUUGUAUCGAUAAACAAACUUGUUUAUUCUCAUUAGUAUCUUGGAGGAUUUGAGGAAAUCUUUGAGAUGAACGAAGAAGAGCUGGUGGAGUACUUCAGGGCCCAGAUGAGGACGGACCCGGACAUGGCGUCGGCUGUGGCCGCCAUCCGGACUCUGCUGGAGUUCCUGCGGAGGGACAAAGGAUCUGUCUCGCUGUAAGAAGGUGAUGGAGGAGCGAGGAGAGCUCUUCCUGGAGAAGAUCUCCAUGUCCAGGAACAAAGUGGCGAAGCUCUGCCACACGUUCAUCAAAGAUGGCGCCAAAAUCCUGACGCACUCGUACUCCCGGGUGGUUCUGCGGGUUCUGGAGAAAGCCGCCAUGGAGAAGAAGCGUUUCUCCGUCUACGUGACCGAGUCUCAGCCCGACGCCGCCGGGCAGCAGAUGGCGGAGGAACUGGCGAAGCUCCACGUCCCGGUGACCGUGGUUCUGGACGCCGCUGUGGGGUACGUGCUGGAGAAGGUGGACCUGGUCAUCGUUGGAGCUGAGGGCGUGGUGGAGAGCGGCGGCAUCAUCAACAAGAUCGGGACGUACCAGAUGGCGCUCUGCUCCAAAGCGCACAACACGCCGUUCUACGUGGUGGCGGAGAGCUUCAAGUUCGUGCGUCUGUACCCGCUGAACCAGCAGGACGUCCCGGACAAGUUCAAGUACAAAGCCGACACCCUGAAGACGGUGCAGAACCUGUCGGAGGAGCACCCCAUCAUCGACUACACGCCCCCCUCCCUCAUCACGCUGCUCUUCACCGACCUGGGCGUCCUCACGCCGUCCGCCGUCAGCGACGAGCUCAUCAAACUUUAUUUAUAGGCUGAAUAGGGUUCAGAGCGGCGCUGCGGCGUCCCGGUUCCUCUUCGCCCCGCCCGUCAGCUGCUGCUCGAAGUCUUCCUCGCUGAUCCGACCUUUCUUCAGCUUCUUCAGGAGGCGGGUGUCGUCCAGCAGCUCCGCCAGGUCGUCCUCGUCCGCGUCAGAGCCCUGCAGAGAGGAGGAGGUGAACCCGUGUCUCCAGUGGGAGGAGCUCUGCAGCGCUCACCUCCUCGUGCUUCCUCUUGGCCGCCCUCCUCUUCCUCCGCUCCUUCUUGCUCUUCUGUUUGGACCAGGCUUUGUUCCUGAGGUUCCUCCUGGGCGGAGCCUCCUCGCCUCGCUCCUUCUGCUCCGCCAGCAUCUUCCGCCGCUGCUUCUCCCGGUUCUUGUCCUUGAACGGGAUGGCGUCCGUGUCCACCGCCGUCUCCUGGAAGUCCGGGAAGGACCGCCCCCUCAGCUCCGGCAUCUUGGGGAGCCGAAGGAGCGCGAAGCCGCGAGCCAAAGCGGCGAAGUCCAGAUCUGCCCAGAACCACAGGUUAACGUCUGUCCUGCAGCUGGAUGUCAAUAAAGUUUUCUCAGUCACCUUUGACCCUGAAGAUGAGGCUGCACUCGUGUUUGGCGUAGGCCUGAACGUACGACACGAACGCCUUCAUGCCUCGCUCGAAGGCGGCGCGGUCCGCCAGCGCCAUGGCCUUGACUUUGGGGAGCACGUCCACCACGUCACGGAUGGGGGGCAUUUCCUGGAGGGGGCACUGGGACGCCAGAACACACGUUAGGAGACGAGUUCACGCCGCUCACAACAAUAAAGUUUGAAGAAAAAAAAGGUUUGGUUUUAUGAACAAUAGGGGGCGUGGCUUUCCAACGAGCUCACUCCUCCAGAGAGCCAAUGACUCGGCCAAUCACUGCUAACUACCGUCGUCUGGUUCCAACAUGGCGGCUGAAUUGACCUGGAGGGAUUUUUGUUCCACCAGACUUCAGGCAAACGUCUCAGUUCUCAGAAUAAAAGUUGUAUUUAAUGUUUGCUUCAUUUAGAAAACGUUUUUAGAUGCGUUGUGUCUCAUCUUUACGGAUCAUAUUUUGCU